CCUCCCCUUCCUCUGGUGUAUUCAUUUGGUUUCUUUUCUUUGAAUAGCAUAGCGUAUCGUCGGGUCAUUCGUGUCUAUCAGUAUGAAGUUGGGGAUGAUCUGUCUGGAAGGUUUUUCUCCUGUUUCUCUUCUUACCUCGCUGUGGUUUUACCAGUGCACUCUUGACCUCCCCAGGCGGCUCUGCUUUCUGACUAACCCACUGCCCGUGGCCGCAUGGGAAGGAGGGCUGUGUCCUCCUCCCACUGCACCAGCACCCGGCCUCCUGCCCCCAGGUCCUGGGGGUGUGCUUUUCCUGGGGGGACGUGGCCUGACUGGGAGUCUGACCUGCCGGGGUAGGAGGAAGCCUGGUGCCUUGCCUUGCUAGAGCACUUUGAACCUGGGGCGAUUUCACAGCUAACGCUGGCUCGCUGGGUGUUGAAAGGGUAGGUUGGGGCAAAGGUGGGUACGGGGGAGGCCGGGCUAAAACACGCCCCUCCCCCCCCAGGACACGCACACAGUGUGACUCACCCCUGCACGUAACCUCAUUUGUCUUCGUUCACUGGUAGCCUCUGUGACCUCACACUGUUCCGUCGGGAAGAUAGAGGCUCCCCAGAGGCCCCCUGCUCCUCAGAACUUAGCCCUGGAAGGAGCCUCUGGCGCUGUGUCUGUAGAUGAUAGAACCUGAAUCUGGGGCUUAGUCACAGCCACCUCUCCUUUGGGCAGGCCCAAACCCAAAUCUGGUCAUGAUCUUCACACCCCAGUUCCCAUGUCAAGGGGUCAUCUGACUGCAUCUCCCCCCAUUGCUGUCACUUAUCCUGGAGUGUGGCUCCCCUCCUCAGGAGCCUGCAAGAGACUCCAGGACUUCUGGGGGUGGCUGCCAGCCUCCCCUCACCUUCAGGUCUCCUGCCUGAAGGGUCGCACAGGCGUCCUUCUCCCCCUGGUUGCAGAGGAAGCAUGCUGCCAGGCCUGCAGCCCCUCUCUGUUCCCGUGGAGGAACUUAAAAUCAGUUCCUGAGGUACCCUUCAAGGGCCUAGCUUGGACCAGGUACCAUGCCACUGCCUGGGUGGGCCUAAGGAGCCAGUCACAUGAGAAGGGGUCCCAGCUGGGGAGCAGGGAGCAGGCUGGAUGGGGGCUCAGCCCUGGCUUAUCUGUUGGCCUUACCAGGUGGCACACCCCAUCAGGCAGCAGCUUCCCAGAAGUAUACUGGAGAAGCAUUACCUGCCCUCCCUGGCUCCCAGAGCUGCUUAAGAAAAGAUGGCCAACAGCAGAUAGGUUUCAUACCCUAAUAAGAGGAAUUUGAGACUGCAGGCACUUUUAUCUGAGGGAAGUUAAUUUCGAGCUGGCGAUCGGGCCUCCUGCCUCACUGUGCUUCUGCGUUUAGGUCCUGCAUGGUGGAAGAAUCUGGGACCCUCGAAUCCCAGCUCGAAGCUACCAAACGCAAGCACCAGGAGAUUCGAGCCAUGAGAAGUCAGCUCAAGAAGAUUGAGGACCUGGGGGCAGCCAUGGAGGAAGCCCUGAUCCUGGACAACAAGUACACAGAGCACAGCACCGUGGGCCUGGCCCAGCAGUGGGACCAGCUCGACCAGCUGGGCAUGCGCAUGCAGCACAACCUGGAGCAGCAGAUCCAGGCCAGGAACACGACCGGGGUGACCGAGGAGGCCCUCAAAGAAUUCAGCAUGAUGUUUAAACACUUUGACAAGGACAAGUCCGGCCGGCUGAACCACCAGGAGUUCAAGUCCUGCCUGCGCUCCCUGGGCUAUGACCUGCCCAUGGUGGAGGAAGGGGAGCCCGACCCCGAGUUCGAGGCCAUCCUGGACACUGUGGAUCCAAACAGGGACGGCCACGUCUCCCUGCAAGAGUACAUGGCCUUCAUGAUCAGCCGUGAGACCGAGAACGUCAAGUCCAGUGAGGAGAUCGAGAGCGCCUUCCGGGCCCUGAGCUCCGAAGGGAAGCCUUACGUGACCAAGGAGGAGCUGUACCAGAACCUGACUCGGGAACAAGCCGACUACUGCGUCUCCCACAUGAAGCCCUACGUGGACGGCAAGGGCCGCGAACUCCCCACCGCUUUUGACUACGUUGAAUUUACCCGCUCGCUCUUCGUGAACUGAUCCUCUGCUCCUAGUUAGCCUGGCCCACGCCGCUUGCCCUGCCACCGCCUUGCUGCAUCUGCAUGUCAACUCAUCUCUGUGCUCUUAAGAAAAAUACUCCAGACAGCGUUGCUUUCCAUUGUAACCUUAACCUGCUUAGCUUGGGGUAAGACUUUUAGUAGAAAAUGGUGCUUCAGUAAACUGCUCCUGGUCCAGUCGCCGGUGCCAUGUUGCUGUGGGGACCCCUUCCUGUCUUGAAGCCAGCUGCCCCAUUCCGACUGCAGAAAUAGCUAAGCAGCUGGCUAGUUCCCCUUUUUGUUCCCCCUCCCAAUUUUCUGUUUCCAGGUAAAAGAGAAAUAAAUGACUCCCCCCAAA